CCUGUCAUGGGCACAGGAGACGGCCUCGGCCGGCUCCUCCGUCCAGGACAGAAAGGUGGGGAAGGAAAGGAGGGACCGCCUGCACUGGCAGGUGCAAGGGAGCACCAGCAGUCUGGAACCACGUCGAACAGAGAAAAUACAAAAAGAAGACAAAGUCAAGUGCGAUAACUCGAUUAUGGCUAUUUUAAGGAAUUUGUGUAGGUUGUGUUUUCAUAAAUACAAGGUGCGUUCUCUGUUUUUCGCACCUGUCCGGUAUUUUGCAAGGACGCCAUGUGUGUCGGUGAAAAGUACUGUCUCAGCUGCGAAUCCCAGCAUCAAACUGCGCUAUGUGUACGUGCAGACGUGCGUCAACACGUGGGAAGACAUUCCCAAUGGUGUCCUGUUCGACGUGUGUUACGCCGACUCCCACCCGGAUGACGACCUCAAGACUACAGCGUCCCUGCCAACAAUCGUCGCUCUUCACAAUACACCGGGCUCACACGAUGAUCUCAUACAAGUUCUCGAAUCCUUUGUUUUGAUGGGAUGUCGUGUCAUUGCGCCAAACUUUCCAGGCUUUGGUCACACAGAAGGACUUUCAUCUGAACAUGAUGAGAUUUUUAUGCACACAAAUGAUGAGAAGUCUCAGUUUGUUUGUGAUUUCCUCGAAAACAUUGGGAUAAAACGAGUUGACAUGAUAAUUGGGAUUGGCUCGGGUUGCUUCCCACUGCUGCGAUUGUGUACGUCAGUCGUCACCAAAGACAUAUUCAAAUCAGCAGUUUUUAUUUCUCCAUGGCCUGUAACAGAAGACUUCAGACUAAUACAACCGAUAUCCAUUCACAGAGCAGUGGUUUGGCUGUGGGAACAUCCAGUAUACCGACCACUAGUAUUCCUUAUUGUACACAUGAGGAAGAUGUUAUUUUCUGGAUUUUCAGAAUUCAUUGUGAAGGAUUUUGUUUGCACAUCAUAUACAAUUUGUGGUAUUGACUUUGCUGAGGUCGCAGGGUUAGCUGUUGGAUUGAGUCACAUGGAAAUUCCCAAACUAGUUCUGUUUGGUGAGAAUGAUGAAUUUAUACCCAGCCCCUUGGUGGAGGACCUCGUCAAGAUGCUGGGCAUCCCUCGCAAUAAAAUGAUCGAGUGUGAUGAGAAGGGAAAUUUAAAUAACUCUUACAAUGAGAGAGAGGAAUGCCCCAAUAGUGUAGUAUUUCUGCAUGGGAGCAAGGACCUUUUUCAUGAUUAUGAAACUCUCACCAUCACCUUGCUAUGGAAAUUUUUGAAAAACAUAAGACCUGACAUCAAAUGACAAUAGGAAUAUUUAGCAAUAAAUAUCAAAUCUGA